AUGGAGGAAGAUUUUUGGUGUCAAAAAGCGGCUUUGAAGUGGGUGGCGGAGGGGGAUAGAAAUACAAGGUUCUUUCAAGGAUGGGUGAAACAGAAAUGGGUAAAAUCUAGAAUCCUAGCGAUUGAGGAUGGGAACCAGACCCUGACUGAAGAGGCAGAUAUUAGGAGUUCGGCAGAGAGUUUCUUCAAGGGCCUUCUUUCUGAAGAUGUGGGAGUGUUAGAGGAGCCGGAUCUGGAAAUUCUUUCUACCCUCCCUUCCCACAUUAAUACAGAGUUGCUGGAGAGGGCACCCUCUGUGGAAGAGGUAAGGAAUAUUGUUUUUAGCUUAAAUGGAGAAAGUGCCGCAGGGCCAGAUGGGUAUUCUGCUCUGUUUUUCCAGUCUUGCUGGGAGAUAAUUGGUGAUGAUGUGGUGGCAGCAGUGCUGGAUUUUUUCUCGGGCUCCCCUAUCCCACGAGGUAUUGCGGCCACCUUAAUAGUUCUAAUUCCUAAGAAGGAUAAUCCUACACAAUGGCCUGAGUUUAGGCCGAUUAGCUUGUGCAAUGUAAUGAAUAAAAUCAUAUCCAAGCUUCUUGCCUCAAGGAUGGCUCCUCUUCUUCCCCUGAUCAUUGCUCCUAAUCAAAGUGGUUUCAUUCAAGGGAGGUUGUUAAGUGAUAAUGUGCUUCUGGCUAAAGAACUGUUUCAUGAAAUCUGGAAGGGUGUGACUUCCCCGAAUUUGGCUCUAAAGCUGGAUAUGGAGAAAGCUUAUGAUCGUGUUCAGUGGCCAUUCUUACUGAAAAUUCUUAGAAAAAUGGGUUUCUCGGACACGUGGGUGAGGUUUAUUGAAAAUUGUAUUUCUCCUUGCUGGUUCUCGGUUCUUAUUAACGGGAGUGUGGCGGGUUUUUUCAAAUCGACUCGAGGUCUCAGGCAAGGGGACCCGAUUUCUCCCUCCUUUUUCGUUUUGGCAGCUAACUAUCUUUCAAGGUUGCUUGACCGCCUCAUUUUGGGGCGUAAGGAAUUGAUGUAUCGCACAGCUAGAUAUACCAUGGGGAUCUCUCACUUGGUGUAUGCAGAUGAUAUACUUAUCUUUUCGCAGGCUCAGAGCUCAGCAAUCCUUGAAGUGAAAGAAUGCUUGAAACAUUACAUGGAGGUUUCGGGACAGAAAGUGAAUGUGGGAAAGAGCUGCUUUUAUCUUGAUAAGAAGCAUGUCGCAUGGGCAAGAGAAGUGACUGAGGUAAUGGAUCCUACAAAGGGUGCCUUGAGGCAGAUAGAACAAGUGCUGGCCCGGUUUUUAUGGGGGUCAUGCUACACUUCUAGAAAGACUCAUUGGAUUAAUUGGCAGAGAAUUUGCCUACCCACUGAUGAGGGGGGUUUGGGUAUUCGCAACUUGGCAGACUCGGUGAUGGCGUUUAGUCUCAAGUUGUGGUGGAGGUUCAGGAAUCAGGAGUCUUUGUGGGCUCGUCUGUGUGGGCCGAAUCUAAGCUGCCCAGCGUUGAAAGUUAAUGAUCUCUGGAUGGGGGAUCAUUGGGAUGAGGUGAAGGUUAGGAUGCUUGUGGAGGAGGAGGGUUUGCAGGAGGAGAUUGCCGAGAAAAUUUUACAAACACCUUUUGAUAGAGGGGUUCGAGAUAGGGGAAGAUGGAAGUUAUCCGGUAAUGGGGACUUUACAACAGCUUCGGCUUGGGAUCUAGUCAGGAAAAGAGCAGGGAAGCGGUUGAUCCUUGAAAUGAUAUGGGGAAAAAACAUUGGAUUGUCCAUCUCGAUGUUCCUCUGGCGUCUCUUGGCGAAUCGAAUUUCGGUAGAGGCAAAGAUGCAAUGGAGUGGAAUCUCGUUGGCUUCAAAGUGUAGAUGCCGUGUCGAGUCGCAGAUUGAGACAAGACUGCAUUUAUUUGUGAACGGGGAGGCGGCAAGGAGAGUGUGGCAAUAUUUUGCAAGGUGGUUUCCUCAAGUACCGCCGUUCAUGGAGGUUGGGGAGAACAUUAAGCUUAGGUUUAGGUGGUGGCAAAGACAUUUGGGAAUAAGAGCAGGUGGUCAUUUAUGUACGCUCAUCCCCUAUCUUAUUUUGUGGUUUAUUUGGUCGGAGAGAAAUGAAAAUGUUCAUAGGGAGAAAGCCUUUGAAGUGGAGAAUGUAAUUAGGAGGGUUAAUUCUCACUUGAGAAAUCUGGUUUUGGCCAAACUGAUAGGACCAGAACACUGGGGGAGCUGUUGCCCUCAAUUGGAUGUGAUGAGGGGAGGGGCUCGUCAUGUCCGAAGGAGGAAAGUUGUAAGGGUUCUGUGGAGACCUCCGGAUGAGGGUCUAGAGGUGGCUUUGGGUUUGGAGGCUGAGGUCGCGGCUCUGCUUCUAGGUGUUAUGAUUGCUAAGCAACAGGGAGGCAGAGUGUGGAUUGAGUUGGAUGCAGAAAGGGUGGUAAGCUGGCUAGCCUCAGGUAAGCUCGGAUCAGCGGAUGUGUGCGUGGAUUUGCUUAGGAUCAGAAAGGAGUUGCUGGGAAUGGACUGGAAAGUAUCCCAUAUUUUUAGGGAAGGUAACAAAGCUGCGGAUUUCCUUGCAGAGGCUGGAAUCCAGUCCGGUGAACAGGUGCUUUACACGGGCGUGUCGGCUCCGUCUCGGGUAAAGGCUCUUUGCAGGAUGGAUCAGAUCGGUCUGCCAAAUUUUCGGUUUUGA